AUGAACUAAAAAACUAAAAGAAAGAUUGAACUAGCUUAUAGAAUAAUUAGUGAUUUAGUUGAUUUAGUAUUAACAAUAGUUUGCUUUGUAAAAUUGUUAGAUUCAUAUUCAUCGUGUAAUAAAUUUUAUGAGUACAGUUAUAUAGGCGAUUAAUGCUCAGUUAAGGAUAGCUGUUCUUACUAUGCUAUAAACAAAUUAACUGAUUAAUAGCUUUAAGAUGAUAAUUGCUAUGUAAAUUACUAACACGGAUAUUUGAAAAUGGAUAUUCCUUCUGGAGAUAGAGUUGUUUAUUCAAUAAUAGCAGUUUUACUUUUUCGCUAAUUUUAUUUAGUUUACUGUAAAUUGUGGUAACUUUGUAAUGUCCACAGUUAACUGUACUUCGAUUUGUGCUUAAAUGUCUCUUUUUGA